AUGGAUGUGUAUGGAGAUUAUGCUCUAGUUGUUAAUCAGAUCAAAGGAGAAUGGGAGACUCGUCAUCCUAGUCUAAUUCCUUAUAGAGAUUAUACCCGAAGACUGUUAACCUUCUUCAACAAAGUUGAAUUCCAUCACAUACCUCGCGAGGAAAAUCAAAUGGCGGAUGCAUUGGCUACUUUGGCUUCCAUGUAUCAAGUGAAGUUUCUAAAUGAAGCUCCCCAAAUUACAAUCGUGCGUCUAGAUAUACCGCCUCAUAUAUUCGUGGUUGAAGGAGUCACUGACGAAAAAGAGUACCCACCUAGGGCAUCUAGCAAAGACAGAAGAACUAUGAGAAGGUUGUCUGUUUGUACUUCGAUUGGGGCAACGCCUUUUUCCCUAGUAUAUGGCAUGGAAGUUGUACUCCAAAUAGAGAUUGAGAUUCCCUCCAUGAGGAUCUUAAUGGAAGCCAAAUUAUCAGAAGCUGCAUGGUGUCAAGUUAGACAUGAUCAAUUGAAACUUAUUGAAGAAAAGAGAAUGACCGCUUUGUGUCACAGUCAAAUUUAUCAAGAAAGAAUGAAGAGAGCCUUUGACAAGAAAGUCAGACCUCGAAGAUUUGGAGAAGGUGAUCUCAUGCUCAAGAAGAUAUUACCUCUUCAACCAGAUCCCAAGGGCAAAUGGACCCCUAACUAUGAAGGCCCAUAUGUUGUUAACAGAGCCUUCUCAGGCGGUGCUUUGACUCUUACAACUAUGGACGGUAAAGAAUUCUCGCGUCCUGUGAAUGCCGAUAUGGUCAAGAAAUACUUCGCCUAA